CUCAUCCCUCUCUCCUCUCCUCUCUCUCAGGUGUUGAAGUAUGAGCAGUACCUUGAUAACCCGCUUGCUCGCUUCCUCAUCAAGAAAGCUCUGACCAAUCAGAGGAUAGGACACUUCUUCUUCUGGCACCUCAAGUCGGAGAUGCACAACAAGCCGGUGAGCCAGCGCUUCGGGCUGCUGCUGGAGGCGUUCUGCAGGACCUGCGGGAUGUACCUGAAACACCUGAACAGACAGGUGGAGGCCAUGGAGAAACUCAUCAACCUGACUGACAUCCUGAAACAGGAGAAGAAGGACGAGACGCAGAAGACCCAGAUGAAGUUCCUGGUUGAUCACAUGAGCCGCACUGACUGCAUGGAGGCCCUGCAGGGCUUCGUGUGCCCUCUGAACCCCGUGCACCAGCUGGGCAACCUAAGGGAGUGCAGGAUCAUGUCCUCAGCGAAGCGGCCUCUUUGGCUGAACUGGGAGAAUCCAGACAUCAUGAGCGAGCUGCUGUUCACAAACAACGAGAUCAUCUUCAAGAACGGAGACGACCUCAGACAGGACAUGCUGACCUUGCAGAUCAUCAAGAUCAUGGAGAAUAUCUGGCAGAACCAGGGCCUGGACCUCAGGAUGCUCCCCUAUGGCUGCCUGUCUAUAGGGGACUGCGUGGGGCUGAUCGAGGUGGUGAAGAACUCUCACACCAUCAUGCAGAUCCAGUGCAAGGGGGGCCUGAAGGGGGCGCUGCAGUUCAACAGCAACGCCUUGCACCACUGGCUGAAGGACAAGAACCGUGGGGAGGGCUAUGACUGCGCUAUCGAUCUCUUCACUCGGUCCUGUGCUGGGUACUGCGUGGCCACUUUCAUCCUGGGCAUUGGAGACAGACACAACAGCAACAUCAUGGUGAAGGAGAACGGGCAGCUGUUCCACAUCGAUUUCGGACACUUCCUGGACCACAAGAAGAAGAAAUUCGGGUACAAGCGGGAGCGGGUCCCCUUCGUCCUGACACAGGACUUCCUCCUCGUCAUCAGCAAGGGGGUCCCCGAGUGCACCAAGACCAAGGAGUUCGAGAGAUUUCAGGAGAUGUGCUACCAGGCUUACCUGUCGAUCCGGCAGCACGCCAACCUCUUCAUCAACCUCUUCUCCCUGCUGCUGGGCUGCGGGAUGCCCGAGCUGCAGUCCUUCGAUGACAUCGCCUACCUGCGCAAGACCCUGGCCCUCGACAAGAGCCAGCCCGAGGCCCUGGAGUACUUCAGCAAGCAGAUGAACGAUGCCCACCAUGGAGGCUGGACCACCAAGAUGGACUGGAUCUUCCACACCAUCCGCCACAUGCCCUUGUCCGAGAGCGGCCACGACUGACCGGGGCCCGCGGGCAGAGAGCCGUUCGAUCCAGUCCUGGUUUUGCUAGGAGCUUGAUCAGCCACAGUGUGUGUGGGUAGCAAGCUCAGGUGCGUCUUAACAGGGAUCGGAAUCAGACUCCCGUCACACAGCUGUGCGAUCCAGUCCUGGUUUCAAUAGGAGUUUAAUAAUAAGACACACCUGAGCUUGUUGCCUAGACACACUGGGGGCUGAUCAAGCUGGUAGUAAAACCUGGAAUGGAUCACACUGCUGUGCAGCGGGAGUCUUAUUCCCAUCCCAAAUAUUCCUUUGACUGCGGAAGUGUUUUUUGGGGGAGCUUUUUAUAACCCCUUUCGUGCACAGCAAUAUUAUCUCUGGACCUCCUUAUAAAGGAGCAGUACCCAGGGCUUUAAAAUCCAUUCUUACCUCUAGCAACAUUAUCCCCUUUGUCUUCCUUAUAGCAACAUUUAUUAUCACUGGGCACCUUUUAAAGGAGCGCUUUCCAGGGCUUUAAAAUCUAUUUUCUUACCUCUAAUUAUUAACGCUAGCAAAUUCCCCCCACCCCACCCCACCUCACCCCAGUUAUAAUCAACUGCGUUGGACAACAAAAAACUCGAUUCAUCACCAGCACCCCCCCCCCUCCCCCCCCCAGGAGACAACACCCUGGCUACGCCUCUCACCCCCCUCCCCCCUCCCCCCUCCACGACCCCAACCUCAGCUCCGCUCACCAGCACGAGCAACAUUUGCACUGCCUGCCCUUUUAAAGGAGUUGUAAUCGUGACUUUAAAACCAGUUGCCUUUGACUGCCAGCAUCGUCACACAGAGCUAGUAAGAGGUAAGAAACUGGGUUUGAUAAUUCAUUACAGUCGUUGAUGAGAUAUAUAUAUAUAGAUUUUGCUCGCUGGUUGGCGUUCCUUUGAUUAAUGUGCUGGGUUUUGACCGGGUUUGCAUUUGCUCAGCGAUAUCCUUUGUAUUGUAUCAAUAUAAACUCUUGUUAUUUUUUGGGGGGUAUUUGACAAUUAAAUGUUUCUGACAAAA